AUGAGGUUGGAGCUCAAAGAUGAGUUUGGAGCUCAAAGAAAAGGUUGGAGCUCAAAGAAAAGGUUGGAGCUCAAAGAUGAGGUUGGAGCUCAAAGAAAAGGUUGGAGUUCAAAGAUGAGGUUGGAGCUCAAAGAAAAGACAAUAGCUACACCUAAUGCUGCUGCACAUAAUGCUGCUACACCUAAUGCUGCUACACAUAAUGCUGCUACACCUAAUGUUGCUGCACAUAAUGCUGCUACACCUAAUGUUGCUACAUAUAAUGCUGCUACAUAUAAUGCUGCUACACCUAAUGUUGCUACAUAUAAUGCUGCUACAUAUAAUGCUGCUACACCUAAUGUUGCUGCACAUAAUGCUGCUACACCUAAUGUUGCUACAUAUAAUGCUGCUACAUAUAAUGCUGCUACACAUAAUGCUGCUACACAUAAUGCUACUACAUAUGAUGCUGAUACACAUAAUGCUGCUACACAUAAUGCUGCAACACAUAAUGCUGCUACACAUAGUGCUGCUACACUUAAUGCUACUACACAUAAUGCUGCUACACAUAAUGCUGCUACACAUAAUGCUGCUACAUAUGAUGCUGAUACACAUAAUGCUACUACACCUAAUGCUGCUACACAUAAUGCUGCUACACAUAAUGCUGCUACACAUAGUGCUGCUACACAUAAUGCUGCUAUACAUAAUGAGUAUUGUAAGAUUAAGUUUGUUAAAUUUUAA